AGACAAAUUUUUGAAUAGAAAAAAAUCUAUAUACUGAUAAUAGUACAAAUUUUACGAUAUCAGCCGAAAGCGGAGACUAAAUUUUACAUUCGCGACACUUCGAUCUCAACUCAUUCGCAACGAGCAGCAUGAACAGCAAAUCGUCCGAGCAUCGUAAAGAUCUGAUCGGUUCAAAGAGUCCAGAGCCGAUCGGCGACAAUAUGAAUAAGAAGACCAAACGCAAAGGCGCACGCGUCUCGUUUCGCACCUUGGCUCACAUUGUGGUAAUGCUGCAGAAGCGCUUGGCCCACGCCAAGUCGAUGGUCGAGUAUGUCGAUGUCACCGACGAUGUGGCCUAUUGGCGCGCGUUGGCCUUGUCGCGCGGCGAGGAAAUCGAUCGCUUUAUCAAUGUCAUUGAGCUACAGAAGAAACGCAUCGACACCUUGGAGAACGAUCUGGGCACAUUGGUCAAUCUGGCGCAGGAGACACAAAAGAUGCUGGCCAACAUCAGUCCCGAGAAGCCCAGCGAGAAUCCACGGCAAGAUGAGGCCGUCUAGUUUACGGGUCUCUCUCUCCCCGUAUGGAAGGCUCGAGAACUUUUAAUAGUUUUUUUUUGUACCGUUAGCGUUUUAAUCAGAGCGACGCAAAUCAGAAUCACGAAAGCAGCUAUGAUUGAUGGGGGCAUUAAUAUUGAUUCUUGAUAAUCUUGUAUAUCAGCUAAUUAUAUGAAA